UUCCCUGAUCAAGGCUGGGAACCAUGCUGCAGUUCACAGAGUAGGUACAGAGUAGGAACAGUCAGACACAUACACUCACACAGACAGACGGUGAACAUGGGCCAGUUACUCAGCUGGAUCAGAGCUCCUCGGGACAAUCAAGCCUUACAGGAUGUGGCCGUGGAACAACAGCCUGCUUUUGACUGCUGUCAAUGCUUUAAGAAAGCGCCCAAAGGUUACCAAGAGUUACCGAGUGAGUCGUUCCCACCCGAGUUGUUCCACCCCAGUUCGCAGCCUAGACAGUAUUCACCCACUUCAGUGGCACAGGUGGCUGUGAAUCCAGCACAAUUUGAGAGUGCAUCUGCCGCCUCCACCAUGGCUACAAAGCCAGGGGCGGUGUCCGUGACAAUGGGUGGUGCCACAGCAAGUGGUGCCACAGCGGGAGGAAGUCCUACUACAGCAGGGACAACACAAAGAGGAACGGCCAAAGUGGCGAUGCCAGAGACGGCAUUCGUCUCUCCAGCAGGUGCUACUAUUAUUAACAUACCAUCACCUGGGACCAAAGGCAGCCCUAAAGACACCCCAAAGCCAGCACCCAUGCACCCGGCCAAAGCUACACCUCUUACCACGGGAGGUGGCAAUAUUGUAGUGGAGGCAGCAACUCCAUGGAAAGCUGAAGUACCAAAGCUGCAAGAGUCUCCGAAACAGACAGCCAAGACUGUGCCCACCACAUCAAGCAAAGUUGACAUGGCUAAAAAGGAUCCUGCUAAGUUGGUUACGGCUGUUGCUGCACCAGCUUCCGCGGCUGGAGAUGCCUCUCUGAAGGGGCCACAGACUAAGGUACAGGUGGAAGUAGUUCCCCCAGGAGCUAAGGCAGCCAAAAAGGAGCUUGCUGUGGACCCGUUCGAUGCCCUGGCUGAUUCCUUACCCUCAUCAGAGUCUUUCGCCCCUGCAGCCCAUGUAUACACCGGGCCAGAGGUGAUAGAGCAUGGAUUAUCCUCAAAGAAGGGAGUGAUCUGUGGGGGGAACGACUGCCCACUGCCCCCAGGAUACCGAUUUGAAGACAUGGCCCCAGUUGCAGAUGUCAAGCCAAAAGAUGUCCCGAAACCCAUGAGCACCGAUGAGGCUCUGGACUCCCUGUCCUUUGGGUUCACAACCUCUAUGGCUCCCAUCCCUCAAAAACAGGAGAAGAAAGUGGAAGACUUGGCUGCCAUUGAUGCCUUAUCUGCUGGCUUUUCAAACUUUUCUCCACCUCCACCCGCUCCCAUCAAGAAAGCUGAAGAGUUUAAGUCUGCACCUGUGACCAAGUGUCCUGCUCCCCCCGUUGACAAGAAAGCUAAGGUGGAAAAGUUUGCUGAUGACUUCUCUCUGAUGUCAGGAUUGGACUCCCCACUGGACACCAAGCCGAAGACAGAUGGGACUGUGCCCACCACAUCAAGCAAAGUUGACAUGGCUAAAAAGGAUCCUGCUAAGUUGGUUACGGCUGUUGCUGCACCAGCUGCCGCGGCUGGAGAUGCCUCUCUGAAGGGGCCACAGACUAAGAAAGUUGAGGAUUUGGCUGCCGUUGAUGCCUUGUCUGCUGGCUUUUCAAACUUUGCUCCACCUCCACCCGCUCCCAUCAAGAAAGCUGAAGAGUUUAAGUCUGCACCUGUGACCAAGUGUCCUGCUCCCCCCGUUGACAAGAAAGCUAAGGUGGAAAAGAAACCCAUGAGCACCGAUGAGGCUCUGGACUCCCUGUCCUUUGGGUUCACAACCUCUAUGCCUCCCAUCCCUCAGAAACAGGAGAAGAAAGUGGAAGACUUGGCUGCCAUUGAUGCCUUAUCUGCUGGCUUCUCAAACUUUUCUCCACCUCCACCCGCUCCCAUCAAGGUACAGGUGGAAGUAGUUCCCCCAGGAGCUAAGGCAGCCAAAGAGCCGGCACCCAUGCACCUAGCCAAAGCUACACCUCUUACCACGGGAGGAGGCAAUAUUGUAGGGGAGGCGACAAUGCCAUGGAAAGCUGAAGUACCAAAGCUUCAAGAGUCUCCGGAACAGAUAGCCAAGACUGUGCCCACCACAUCAAGCAAAGUUGACAUGGCUAAAAAGGAUCCUGCUAAGUUGGUUACGGCUGUUGCUGCACCAGCUGCCGCGGCUGGAGAUGCCUCUCUGAAGGGGCCACAGACUAAGGUACAGGUGGAAGUAGUUCCCCCAGGAGCUAAGGCAGCCAAAGAGCCGGCUCCCAUGCACCCAGCCAAAGCUACACCUCUUACCACGGGAGGAGGCAAUAUUGUAGGGGAGGCGACAACGCCAUGGAAAGCUGAAGUACCAAAGCUUCAAGAGUCUCCGGAACAGACAGCCAUGGUAGAUGGCAGACAGUCGAGGAGUAGUGUGCCCACCACAUCAAGCAAAGUUGACAUGGCUAAAAAGGAUCCUGCUAAGUUGGUUACGGCUGUUGCUGCACCAGCUGCCGCGGCUGGAGAUGCCUCUCUGAAGGGGCCACAGACUAAGAAAGUUGAGGAUUUGGCUGCCGUUGAUGCCUUGUCUGCUGGCUUUUCAAACUUUGCUCCACCUCCAUCCGCUCCCAUCAAGAAAGCUGAAGAGUUUAAGUCUGCACCUGUGACCAAGUGUCCUGCUCCCCCCGUUGACAAGAAAGCUAAUGUGGAAAAGAAACCCAUGAGCACCGAUGAGGCUCUGGACUUUGGGUUCACAACCUCAAUGCCUCCCAUCCCUCAGAAACAGGAGAAGAAAGUGGAAGACUUGGCUGCCAUUGAUGCCUUAUCUGCUGGCUUUUCAAACUUUUCUCCACCUCCACCCGCUCCCAUCAAGAAAGCUGAAGAGUUUAAGUCUGCACCUGUGACCAAGUGUCCUGCUCCCCCCGUUGACAAGAAAGCUAAGGUGGAAAAGUUUGCUGAUGACUUCUCUCUGAUGUCAGGAUUGGACUCCCCACUGGACACCAAGCCGAAGACAGAUGGGGGUGGCUCCAUGUCCCUGGAUGCUCUCAGUGCUCUGGGAGACUCUCUGCCUGCUCCAGAACCAGCACCUGAACCUCCCAAGAUCAGACAUGAGGACAUAGUCACGGAGGGCAAACUCACAUCGAAGAAGGGAGUUUUUGUGGGUGAGCGAGAUGACACACUCCCACCAAAGUACAGGUUCACAGAAAACAAAGUCAAAGACCUGCCUCCUCUGAAGCCAGAGCCCUCCAUGGACUCUGGUGAGGCUCUGGAGAUCUUGUCAGGUGACUUCAUGUCUUCCUGUGUGGCUCCAGCUGUCCAUUCUCCUGUCCUCUGCCCCCCAGCUCCUCCCACACAGGCCUCAGAUGACUUUGCCUUGGAUGCCCUGGCAGGGGACUUUGUAGCCCCAGCUGUUGCUCCUGCAGUCAAAUCUGCUGUUGACCGUCAGCUAUCUAGAGGGACAGUAGAUGCUCUGGAUACCUUGUCAGACUCCCUGAUGGACAAGGCUCCUAUCCCAGAGCCUGCUCCUGUCUCAGUCAGAGACAUCGUCAAGGAGAAAAAGGUUAUAGAGGAGAAGCUUACCAAAGUGGGGGAGAGGGAUGACAGCCUUCCAGCUGAGUACCGGCCCACAGAGAAAGACCGAAAGGCAAUGGCAGAGGCCAAAGUCCAGGCUGAUGUUAGACCCAAGCAGCCGUCAAUGGAUGACAGCAAGGCCCUUGACCUCUUGUCUAGAGACUUGUCUUCAUCCGCUGGUCCAGCUGCAGCCUCAGUAGCCGUGACAACAGAGCAGAGACAGCCCCGACUGGAGCCCAUGUCUGCCCCUGUCCUGGAUGACCUGGCAGGCACCCUGCUCCCAGACAUCCCCGAGUUCAAAUCCAAGGGAGACAAGCCAAAGAGCAAGUCAAAGUCAAAGAAACAAAGGAAGGAGGAUCCGUCAUCCAUAGACCAUCUGUCUGGACAGCUGAGUUCAGAAGUAGUGUCAGCAUCCACAAAUAAGGAUGGCAAGAGCUAGACAUCUAUGUUUCUAGCGCACUACAUGUCCCCUGCCACACGGUGGCGCCACUUGAGGGAGCUGCUGUGAAUGAUUCUAUUUUUCUAAAUGGUGGAGAACAUAUACUGGAUUUUUUUUUUAAACAUGACCACACACUUACACACAUGCGCAUGUACACACACACACACCAUAGUGUGCAACGCCUUUCCUGCUUGGUUUCGCACAUGACAGAAGAUUGUACUAGGUUUUGGUUUCUUUCAUUUGAAACGAGGAGAGCAAAAUAAAGAGAGGGAACGAGAGCGAGCGAGGGAGGGAGUUUGUCCUGACUUAUUUCCCAGGAUUGAACAGAGAAUCUGUCCAAUCCUGUAAGGAAAAUUAAAUCUGGGCUUUGCCUUUCAAGUGGCCUGACUGACUGUCCAUCCUAGCUAACUGUCUGCAUUGCCCCAACGUUGUAGUGAUGUUGCUGCAACAUUGCUACAGCGUUGGGGGUAAUAGUGAGUGUCAUGUGUUUAGGAACAGUAAAUAGGGGUUAUGUAGGAUUGGGAUGUCUGUCCAAUAUUGAUCUACACAGAAGAGUGAGUUUUCUCUUAAGUGGACACCCACCAUAAUACACUAGUGUACAGCACAGUCUGCUCAAUAUUGAAACGUAUAAAAGGAUUUACAGGAAAUGAUCUGCUUGAUACGGAUGCAUCUGUGAGCAAUUCUAUAUAUUUACAUUGCCAAUAAAUAAAUGAAUGCCUAUAACAAGACAUGACAGUAUUAUAAUACAUUUGUGUAAGAGGGUCUUUCGGUAUAGGGAACUUACUGUAUAUCUGUGUUGCAGUUAAAGGGAAGAAAGUUAUACUAUUUUAGAAAUAUUUUCACAUGUAAUAUUAGGACCAUCUUUCGCUUGUACAAAGCAGUGCAGGUGUUUUUAAUUUUAUUUUACAAAGCUCCUUCCACCUUGAGUUUUGGAACGUGUGUUCAACCUCGACUCAAGUCUUCUUUUUGUGUCUUUUGUUUUUUGCAACGGCCUUCGGCGCUUGAGGAGUAGAAUUUGAGUGUCGUAAAUAAAACAUAAUAAAAAUCGAUGUUUUUUCACCA